GCAUUAUGCUAACUCAGCAGAACACUCUAAUUUGCUGACUAGACAGAAAAACUCACAACACAACACUGGAUUUUCAUGAUUUUAUAGUGCUAUGACAGGGUUUUUCAAUCGAUUGUUUUCUACUGGAGGUCAGAGAUAUUCAGGAGGAGGUACUAGAAAGGGUGAAGAUGUAUUCCCUCAGGUCACAGACGACCAGCCGAGGAACCCAUAUACUGAAGUUACGGUUCUUUCCGGUCACAUGGCUACUGUCCAUCACAUAGAAAUCAUCGACCACAAAAGAUUCAUCUCAGCUUCUUAUGAUGGGACUACAAUUGUGUGGAACACACAGACAGGUCAGAAGCUUCACACUCUCCGUGGAGGCAUUGAGGCUGUGACGUGUGUGUUAUCACUCCAGUCACACUGUGAUACCUCAGAGCUCUGCAUCAUCACUGCAUACUCCGACAACAUCAUGAAGUUUUGGAGUCUAAAUGAUGAUGAUCCUUUACAAGAGGCCCUGGAUGGAAAGAUCAUCACUGAGCACAACGGGCUUGUGAAGUGUCUGCUUCAGAUGGGUAAUGAUAUCGUGUGUUCGGGAGGCAAGGAUAUCUGUCUUUGGGAUAGAAACGGAAAACUUCUCACAAGAUACGAAAGAAGUGGACUGGCUGAGGAUGAAAGUGAUGUCCACUCUUUGCUCAAAUUGGAUGGAAAGCACUUUGGAGUCGUGGCUGCCUCCGACUAUAAAAGCUUAGCUGUGUUUGACAUCAACAAGCUGGCAAUGACAGAGACGGAUCAGUAUAGCCUUGUGUUUGUGCGCUACCUCAUGAACACCCACAAGGAGAACAUCACUUUUCUAACCACUGUGUCUCAAACAUUCUUUGCGUCUGGGUCACGUGACGGAGUGAUUCUCCUUUGGUCGACAAACUCGCUGAGUGCCAUGAAGAUCAUCAACUGUGUGGAGCCGUGUCUCACCAGCUCACUACGGGAAAGCCAGUACCCCUCCAUGCAGAUACGACACAUCAUGGCCAUUGGAGAGAGAUAUAUCUUUGUGGCCAUUGGCAACGGAUUCAAAGUCUAUGAUGUGCUGACCUAUGAAGAUUCCGAGGGUCAACCAAAGCCACUGGCCUCUCACUCCAGAGCUCAUCAGCAACCGAUCACCUGUAUGGACUUUAUAGAGGACAGGGGCAUCCUCGUGACUGCGUCUGAAGACAGCACUGUUCGAUUGUGGGGAAACCCCACACGAAUAAGCAGGGACAGCGAUAUCUCCUCUCCAUUGAAUGAGAGCCAAGCCCAAUCCAGCAAAGUCCACAUUGAGGACUUCCUUGGAAUAGAAUUGCAGCCAUCGAGGCCUAGAAGAAGAGGAGGCGUGUCCCUUCCUGUGAGGCCCACAUUACUCGGUGAACUGUUACUACACUCAAGUAAUGUCAAGGUGGUAAAGAACCUUGUUGAGCAUGGGCUCGUGACUUGUGGGGUUGACAGUAUGAUCAUUAUCUGGAAGGAUGAAGAACAAGAGAGAGAAUUAAGAGAUAUGGACAUUAAACUGUUCAUUAAGGGGCAAAGUAUGACUCCAAAUGAAUACUGAUCAUCAUCAGAAACUCUUUUACACAGUGUAUGGUUUUGUGUAGAGUGUGGUUUUGUGUAGAGUGUGUUAUUUUUGUGUGUGCGUAAUAGUCUAUUUGACUUGAGUUUUAUCAAUGUUCCAGCACUUCA